UGCACAAGGAAGUUCCCUUUGCUCUGAAAAACUCGUCCAACCAACCCAGGCAGAUGUUUCGGUGGAAAACAGGAUGACAGAGAUCCAGCAGGGCCGUGUGGUGGAGGUGCUGGGGCUUCCUGAAGGCGUGGACGAUGAGCUGCUCACCUUGUACUUUGAGAACAGACACAGGUCUGGAGGAGGCCAUCUGGUCUCUGUGGAGAAGACGGGACACUGUGCCGUGUUGGUGUUUGAGGAGGCAGAAGCUGCCGCUCGGGUGCUUUCCAAAGACCAUCAUGUGAUUCAUAACACGGAGCUGAUCGUGAGGAAACCCGCCUCCAAAGACCCGUGUCGAUUUGUCCUGAAGGGAUUCAACCCGAGCACAAGCAUCGAGACGAUCCAACUGUUUGUGGAAGUCCAAAUGGCCCUCGGAGAUCAAGACUACAGCCUGCUCCCCUUGGCCGACAGAACCCAGAUCCUCAUCCAGCUCAGCCAGCCGCUAGCACAAGAUUUUCAGAAGCUCAGCGAGAGAAUCUCCAAUCGGACCCUGAGCAAAGCAAAGGUCACUAUCGAAGAAGUGACCGAGACAGACUCCAUCAUAGUGGAGAACAUCCACCCCGGCACCACCGCCGACCUGCUCUGUCUGUACUUUGAGAGCCAGCGUGGAGGAGGUCAAAGGGUGAAGGGCGUGGUCAUGAGGUCAGAGGGCGUCGCCGUAGUCACCUUUGUGCGGUUUGACUCUGUGAGCUGUGUCCUGAGCCAGACUCACAAACUGGGAAACACAGAAUUGGUGGUAAAGCCUUACUUUGACUUCCUCCAGCUUCCACCGCCUCCAUCGCCUCCACCGCCUCCACCGCCUCCACCGCCUCCACUAUCUCCACAUCCUCAGCCCGUCAUCCCUGCCAUCACCCGCCAAGCCUCUGUAGAACAAGAAGACGCUCUGAUGCAGACGGCUCCUGUUUUGGCUCAUGCUAACAGCCCGCCUCCACUCGCCUUAACACCACAUUCUCCCACUGACACAGUCGAAACGAUGGACGAGUCCCAGACAGACCAGGUCCAAGUCACAACUCAACUUAUGGCCAUCACAGAUUCGCCAAAACUCGCCUUGUUUGAGAAAAGUGCACUAGCUCAAGAAAUCGAAAAAUCCUUCCCAGAUUACAACAUCUCGAUCGACAAGGACGGCCUUUCGGUGACAGGUCCAACAGGAUCUGAAAUAGACCAGAUACAACAGAGACUUACGGAGUUUUUUAGCAGCAUGACUCAAAUCACUUUUACUCUAGCGCAUGAGAAAGCACAGUUUUUAGCACAGGAAGAUGUAAAGGACAAGCUCGUACAAAUGAUGAGCCAAUCAGGCGUAAUGACUUUAUAUACACUGUCUGACUGCAGCGCGGUGGUGACGUCCACAUCUGAAGACUCUGCAAAGCAAGCAGGUGUUCUGUUAGAAUCACAGGUGAGCGGCUUUAGCGUGCGAGUGGAUCCCGAAUACGAGAGCACGCUGUACUGUCGGGAAUGGAAGGAGUUCUGUCAGACUCUGGGAUGUGUGACCGUGUCCGAACGUGGAGGGAAUCUGGACGUGUUGACUCUGAAAGGGAUGGAGGAGGAAAAGAAGGCGGCUAUUUUAACUUUUCUCACCACGCCUAUAGAGAGGGAGACGUUCAUUCAAAUGGAGCCGGGACAACUUAAAUACAUCCAGAUCCACUCACAUCAGCUGCUGGCGGACAUGACCCAGGUGUCCAUUGUCCCGGUGGAGACGGAGGACGUGUGUGGGUUAAAGAUCUAUGGUCACCCCACUGCGUGUCAAAUUGCAGAGGAAGUUCUCCAGGGCCUGGUCGAUUCUAUCUGCACCAGAACCAUCACGGUGAAUGCUCCCGGGGUCACGCGUUUCUGGCAGACGGACGAGUGCAAGAAAAUGUACAACGACAUGCAGACCAAGUUUCAAGUCUGCAUCUUUCCUGAGAUGGUCCCCUGGGAGGCGCCGCAGAGCAAGAACAUGCUUGAAUGUGCGUGGAAGUUAAUGUCUAAUAAAAACUUCGAUUUUCGGGAUGUGAUGCAGAUUGACGCCGCUGAAGCCAACAGCAAUUUGAUUGACAAAGCUAAAAAGAUUGUUUCUGUCAUUGAUGAGAAUCCACCGGGGCUCGUAGAUGUUCUGGACACAUCUGAAGACAUGGACGGUGUGGACUUGUACUCAGCAGAGGAACCUUCAGAAUCUUCACUGCUGCAGGGAGACGAUUCAUCAAACGCCCCGACACCCGGAGCCGCCGGCUUUUCCUCCGACCUGGAGGAAGAGGCUCAGUUGUCUUUAGCUAUUCAGUACUCAAUGGAAGCCAAUCAGUGGGCCAUGGAGGAUGAAGAUACACAGUUACAAAAAGCCUUAGAACUGUCCAAGCAAAUGGUUCAGGACGUCCGACCCACAGAACGACCAGCCAAGAGAACGUUCUGGGACACCAUCGAGUCCGCCAACACUCUGAAGCUUGUUGUGUUUGCAAGUUACAACUCCGACUUGAUCCGCGUGGACAUAGCCUUUGGUAAGAAAGUCAGCCAGAGACAAGUCGAGGAGAAGUUUGAGCACAGAUGUGUGAAAUGCAUGUCCAAUUUCCACAAAAUGUGUUUGGAUGUGAUCAGAAGAAACCACGCGGUCAAAGUCGAUAUCGUGGGUACAAUAAUAACCGUUUCAGGGUUUUCGAGCUUCGUCGAUGACGCGAUUCCUGACAUUAAACUGCUUUUACAUAACAUGUCAGACAUGGUGUCAGAUAAGGAGAUUUUAAGGACAGUUCAGUGGGUUCAAUGUGACCCAGAUAUGGGUCAGAAGAUUCCGUAUCCGCCCGAUCUGACCGUCCUUCUGGACAACGCCUGGAGAAUGAGGCUCAAAACUCUGGAUGUCUCACUGGACAAUCAGCCCCACACUAUAAACAUUCAGAAGAUGGAGGCUCGUAACAUCGCAUCAGGAGCCGUGGUGAAGAUCUCCAGACUCCCCAUCGUUCCACAAGAUCAGGCAGAAAUAGACCUACCAGAUGAAGAUUACUCUCUCCUGUCAAACCUGCCCGGAGCCACGAGAGUCGACGAAGACUCUGAUGAGUUUCAGACGGUCGUGAAGAAUUUCUACGAAACAAUGCAACAAUACCACAGCCAGAUCCGUAUUGUCAAGGUGGACAAACUGAUGAACAAACUGCUGUACAGCCAGUACCAGCUGAAGAAGGCGAGUGUGCAGCAGGCUGCCGUUUAUCCUCAGGUGGAGCGCACACUUUACCACGGCACGAGCGAAAGCAGCGUCAAAGAAAUCUGUGUCCACGGAUUCAACAGAAGCUUCUGUGGAAAGAACGCCACCAUCUUUGGCCAAGGCGUCUAUUUCGCUGUGAACUCCGCUUUGUCCAUAUCACAACAGUAUUCUCCUCCAAACGUAGAUGGACAUAAGUUUAUCUUUGUGGCAAAAGUUCUGACCGGAGACUACACCAAAGGGGACCACUCUAUGAAGACCGCACCUUUAAAAGAGACGGGGGAUAUCCCUUUAAGAUACGACAGUGUGACGGACGACAUCACGUGGCCCACCAUGUUCGUCAUCUUCAACGACACACAAGCGUUUCCUGAAUAUCUCAUCACGUGUCAGCACAUCUCUGGGAAUGAACGGAGGUGUUAGCAUCUGCAGGGUGCUAACGGUUAGCCCCGUCGAAAUAACACACUCUGAAGCUCGAUAUAUCGGCAAUGUAAAUACAGACGGUAAACAAAAAUACUGAAACUCAUUUCUCCCACUGACACAAAAACCCAAGAGCAGAUUUAAACCACAAAAACUCUUCUAAAUGUACAAUAUUAUAAAAAAUCAUGAGCUUCAAUAAAUAAACAGCAGAAUGAAACACUUAAGUCGUUCGUUUGAAUCUGUGAUGAGUCAGACAAGUUAUUUAUUCAAACUUUUACAGCUUAAAUCUGAUCAUAAAAACAAAAAUCAUCCAAAAAUGUCCCAGUCUAGUGAAGAAAAAGUAACGCGAUAAAGAUGGACCCAAAUAUGGUCAGAGGCCGAGUCUGAUCGUCCGAUGUUUUACAGCAAAAACAAAUUUUUCCUUGGAUUUUUAUUUGAGUUCUGAAAUAUUUUAUUCUGAUUUUUGGACCCCUCCCUAGGGAGGUGUUCCGGGCAUGUCCCACUGGGACAUGCUGGAGGGACUGUGUCUCUUAGCCUGGGAACACCUUGGGGUCCCACUGGAGGAGCUGGAGGAUGUGUCUGGGGUGGGGGAAGUCUGGGAGUCCCUGCUCAGACUGCUGCCCCAUGACCCGGCCCCGCAUAAGAGGAAGAAAAUGGAUGGAUGAUUUUUACAUCUCUCUUGAUUAGGAGAUUAAUGUAUUUACUUUUAAUGUUAAAAUCAGAUCUUAAAUUUUUUGUGAAUUACAGACCUGAGUUUGAAGGUUUCAUUUAACCUGUGAAUGUUUACAAAUACUGACAUGACAUUAAAAGGCGUCCUUCAUUCC